AGGACUAGAAUGCCGAUGUCAUUGCCAAUUCAGUUUUCAUGGUCGGUGCCAAUUAAGAGCUAUCCCAACCUUGCUACUACUACUAGCACGGCCAGUCUUCGGAGUACGGAAUCAUAUUAGUUUGAGGAGUUACCUGAGAAUUUGCGCGGGUCAUGCGAGUACAAUACUCAACUAUUUCCGAAAUUGGCUUCCUUUUUCCCGAACACAGAUGCCUCGUAUCGUGUUUUCAUGCGGCGAGCCGUUAGAGGAUAUGGAGGCACUGAGCAUCAGAAGAGCUAUAUAUUAGAAUACGAUGAGUUGAGCUAAAAGGAGGAAGAGGAUGAAGUAGUUUGUCUCUUAACUCACGAAAUGGUGCAUAGCUUUGCAUUUAUGAAUGCGCAGUCUAAUGGUUAUGACAAUGGAUGGUAUAUUUAAGGAACUGCAGAGUUUACUCCGUAUACUUACCAUAUCGAUUCGGUCUUCGUAAUAGAGAUUAUUUAUGUAAAAAACUCAAUUCCGCCUUGUUAGCGUACGGCACAAGCCCACUGACUGGGAUGGAUGCAACCGACGCACAGAAGGAACUUUACGAUGACUGGUAUGCAGAGAAGAUCCCGUACAUACGCCGCUUUGCCUAUCUUCUAGCGAUUGAUAACCGGUCGAGAAAAGUAACCGGGCGUUUCGGCCUCCAAACAAAACAGUCCUUUGGACGAUAUUGUAGUCGACAUGUUUUACCUUCAUAUCGCGGGGAUAUACUUCAGGCAAGAGGCUGGCUAGCAUACUUGUACCCGUACCUAGGAGAUAACAUUUUUGGGGCAUUUGAGGGUAUGUUAAGGGAUAAGGUACCGGACCUGAGUGAUACAUACCAUAAUAAUGAAUAAGGACUGAGUAUUGUCACCGUCGGUGCAAGAGACCCUGGACUUCGGCUUCGAAAAAUCGAGCAUUGAUAGUCGGGUCAUCUCUGGUCUUGUUUCCGGCUCGAGGGCGGCACUUGCUGGGUUGAAGAAUGGAGAUUCUUUCGUGUCGAUAUCGCGGCCAGGCACAUGUUCUGUGUCGCUGUCUGCGAAGAUAAAGUUGGUUAUUGAAAAGGCCGGUGAGCCGGUACAUAUUUCAUAAUGGCCGUGAGUGUUCACCAAGAUAAAGGUUUGGUAUUUGUCGGAGUAAUCGCUCGACAAGAGCUCAUUGUUGGUCUUGGGAUAGACCAGGGUGGCUUAGAGUACAGAC